GAGAGAGAUUUUGUCACACAAAAACCAGAAAAAAUGCCGGCGGCGAAGCAGAGGACUCCGAAAGUUAACCGUAACCCUGACCUAAUCAGGGGGGUCGGCAAAUACUCGAGGUCUCAGAUGUACCACAAGAGAGGUUUGUGGGCUAUCAAGGCCAAAAACGGCGGCGUUUUCCCUCGUCACGAUGCUAAGUCUAAGGUCGAUGCUCCGGUGGAGAAGCCUGCCAAGUUUUAUCCGGCGGAAGACGUUAAGAAGCCGCUUGUUAACAGACGCAAGCCUAAGCCUACCAAGCUAAAAGCCAGCAUCACUCCAGGAACUGUGUUGAUCAUUCUUGCUGGUAGAUUCAAGGGUAAGAGAGUUGUCUUCCUCAAGCAACUUUCUUCUGGUUUGCUUCUUGUCACAGGACCAUUCAAGAUCAAUGGUGUGCCAUUGAGACGUGUUAACCAAGCCUAUGUGAUUGGAACCUCCACAAAGGUUGACAUUUCUGGAGUCAACACUGAGAAAUUCGAUGACAAGUAUUUCGGAAAGGUUGCUGAGAAGAAGAAGAAGAAAGGAGAAGGCGAAUUCUUCGAAGCUGAGAAAGAGGAGAAGAAAGAGAUCCCACAGGAGAAGAAGGAAGACCAGAAAACCGUCGACGCUGCUCUGAUCAAAUCCAUUGAGGCAGUCCCAGAGCUCAAGGUUUACCUUGGAGCCAGGUUCUCAUUGAGUCAAGGAAUGAAACCACAUGAGCUUGUUUUCUAGAUUUCGUAUUGUUUCUCAAAGUUUAAGAAUAUCUGCUUCCCUGAGUUUUUUCCUC